AUGGGCAACACGCUUGCCGAGCUCAUGCGUCAACUCGAAGAAUUGACGUUUGAAAAUCGUCAGGUACGAGCCGAAAUGCAACAACUUCGCAAUUUGGCUUCUAACCCCCAUGGCCUUGCCGCACCAACUCCUGCACCCACCACGUCGACUGGCGCGGAAGCGCUGCCGGAACGUCGAAGCGCACUCAAGCCGCAGAAGCCCGAGUCGUUCGACCCAAGUCAACGCGACGCGAACGUGCGGACGUGGCUCUUCAUGCUCAACAACUACUUCGCCGCGAGCGGGGUGCAAGAGGCGGACGCGCAGCAGCGGAUCGAGUACGCCGUAACGCUGCUGAGGGGCCCGGCCUUGGAGUGGUGGCGCCAACUUACGCAGACUGCUGUACGGAGGGCUCAGUUAGACGGGCAUCAACAGGGCGUGGGGCAUGCAGCUGCAACUUCGAGCUUAGGGAGUUUAGCUUUGGGUGUUACCACGGUUCCGACGACAUGGGAAGGAUUUGAAGCGGCGCUGAAAAGUAGGUUCGAUUUGGUGAACGUCUCUGAAGCUGCUAGGAAGCGUCUGCGUCAUUUCCGACAGAUAGGAAACGUCCAGGAGUACACACGACGGUUCUUGAGCAUCUGCAACGAGAUAGACGACAUCACGGAAGCAGAGAUGCGCGAUCGCUACCUCGAAGGGUUGAAGCCGGACAUAGCGGAGAUUAUUGCGAUUCACGGGUUGUCCACCUUCGAGUCAGUAGUCGCAGCAGCAGAACGCGUCGACGCAAUUCUCGUCGAUAGCGGAGCUAGCCACUCGUUCGUUUCGUCUUCAUUAGUUAGCCGUCUCCAUCUUGAAGCAGAUUCCUCAGUCAACUUCAAAGAUGCUCGCAUGAUAGAUGGGACGCCUCUCCACAUAGGACCAGUCAUUCGCAAGUUGCGCGUAGUGCUAGGACCGAUCACAGUUAGGCGUGACUUCGACUCUGCGACGCUGGACGGUUACGAUUUCAUCUUCGGUAGAGAUUGGUUGCGGACGGUUUCGACUCAGUUCGAUUGGGCUCAGGGAAGCUGCAGCGUCAAGGUAGAUGGCGAGUUCCGGGAGCUGCCACAGUGGAGCGAUGGGGCCACAUCAUCCACAGCGAUCAUCAAUGCUGUUCGUGUGCGACAGCUGGUGAAGCGAGCGGCACGGAUCUUCGCGGUUUUCCUUGAGGAGGUGGAAGCUGAGGAGGGGAAAGGAGGGAGCGCAACAGUUAGUGAGAAGGCGACUCUUCCUGCUGAGGUGAGUGCACUGUUAGCAGAGUUCGCAGACGUCUUCCCCGACGAGUUGCCCCCAGGGUUACCUCCUAGCCGAGCAGUCGACCAUCGAAUAGAGUUGGAGCCGGGGAGCAGGCCAGUAGCGAAGCCGCAGUGGAGGUUGAGUCCAGCAGAGACAGAGGAGAUGACGCAGCAGGUUAGGCACUUUCUCGCACAGGGGUUCAUACAGCCAUCUAGAUCGCCUUGGGCCGCACCGAUCCUUUUCGCGCCUAAGAAAGACGGAGGGUUACGGAUGUGCAUAGAUUACCGCGCACUGAACGCCGCCACCGUCAAGAACAGAUUCCCGGUGCCGAGAGUAGAGGAUCUUCUAGAUGCAGUGCAGGGCGCUAGAGUCUUUUCUAAGAUCGACCUUCGUUCGGGUUACCACCAGAUUCGCGUAGUUCCAGAGGACCAGCACAAGACGGCGUUUCGUACGAAGCAGGGGUUGUACGAGUUUAGGGUUCUACCGUUCGGUUUGACCAACGCCCCAGCGACGUUCCAGACGCUUAUGAACACCGUCCUCUCCGAGUUCCUAGGUUCGUUCGUUGUCGUUUACCUAGACGACAUCUUGAUAUUCUCUAAGUCGAAAGAGGAGCACGUGCAACACUUACAGAGGGUCUUUGAGGUCCGUCGGAGGGAGAAGCUGUACGCGAAGCAGUCGAAGUGCGAGUUCUUUCUCCCCGAGGUCGAGUUUCUAGGACACGUCGUAUCCACUAGUGGCGUUAGGACUGACCCAAAGAAGAUCGCAGCGGUACAGGAUUGGGUAGCACCGACCUCAGUCAAGGAGUUGCAGAGCUUUCUCGGAUUCGCAAAUUACUACCGCCGUUUCGUUCAGGGUUACGCUUCCAUCGCUAGUCCACUCACCGACCUACUUCGGAAAGGCGUAGAGUACGUUUGGGGUCCAGCGCAGCAGCAGGCGUUCGAGCAGAUGAAGCAGUCGCUCACGUCUUCACCGACACUGUCGUACCCUGAUCCCACUCGCCCGUACGUUGUAGUGACCGACGCUUCAGAUCAGGCCAUAGGAGCAGUACUUCUUCAGGACCAGGGACGCGGGUUGCAACCGAUUGCGUACGAGUCGCGUAAGCUUAGGGGAGCGGAGUUGAACUAUCCCAUACACGACAAGGAGGCGCUCGCGAUCAUCCAUGCGUAUAAGGUGUGGAGGUGCUACCUAGAGGGGGCAGAUAGUGUUAUACGCACGGACCACUGCUCGCUUCGUUUCCUCAAGUCGCAGCCGCAGCUGAGUCGUCGCCAGGCUAGAUGGAUGGAGUUCAUGGAGGGGAGUUUCCACUACCGGAUAGAGUACAAGCCCGGCGUUUGCAACCCAGCAGAUCCGCUCACUCGCCCUAGUUGUCAGCUCGCUAGCCUCACAGUCACUGCAGGCCAUCCACUUCUCACAGCACUCUUCGAGCACGGUUACACAGUAGAUCCCGACUUCACACCGCAGCCGCCCGCAGGAGCAGAGGUGCAGGGUAGUGUUUACAUACGGAAGGGCACCACACGGAUUUGGGUUCCAGCCUACCGCCCUCUUCGACAGCUCCUUCUCUCAGAGGCACACGACGUAGUUAGUGCAGGUCACUUCGGAGCAGACAAGACGGCUAAGACGCUUAGUCGCACGUACUACUGGCCAGGGCUUGCAGCAGACGUAGAGGAUUACAUUCGCUCGUGUGACACGUGUCAGCGUACGAAGUCCUCGCGACAGCGCAAGGCAGGACUUUUGCAGCCGAUUCCACCGCCCGACCGCCCUUGGCAGGUAGUUACCAUGGAUUUCAUCAUGGCAUUACCGCGCACAGUUAGGGGUCACGAUGCCAUCUUCGUUGUAGUCGACAAGUUUUCUCGAGCAGCGCACUUCAUCCCCACGCACGGUCAAGGCACAGCAGAGGAAGCCGCGACGCUGUUCGUAGAUAACGUAGUCCGACUGCACGGGGUUCCCGAUUCCAUCAUUUCCGAUCGCGACCCUAGAUUCACCUCGAAGUUCUGGAAGCAGCUUUUCGCACUGUUUGGGACUCGCUUAGCCAUGUCGUCUGCAUACCAUCCAGAGACAGACGGACAGACUGAGCGCGUGAACCAGACCUUGGAGCAGAUUCUUCGUAGCAUCACGAUGCACGACGCAGCCGCAUGGGACAAGAAGCUGAGCAUGGCUGAGUUCGCCUACAACAACACGCAUCAUUCCGCCACAGGCAUGUCACCGUUCUUUGCACUGUACGGUCAGCACCCCAAUGUCCCCACUCGUGUCGAUCUCACACCCACUGUCCCUCGUGCGGACAAACGUGAGGAAGCACCUCACCUUCAUUCACGACCACGUGAGGAAGCACCUUGA